ACAUUUCAUCAUCAUUUUACUCUUAACACACAGCAAGAUCACAACUAGCGGCCUACUAGACACGAGCUGGCGAGGACAGCCCUUACCCAGGAACGCUGAUUCAUUGAUUUCCAUUGUGUACUCUUCUCAUAGAAAUCUACUUGGGUUAGUUCUUGCAACACGACACCUUGUUUGCCCACCCCUUGAGGAAGGGUCAACAACAGUCAAAGCGAACGACUCGUCGCUCCUUCCACGCCGGAGUUUCCAUAAACACAAUGACAUCUUCGGGGUUAAAUCUAACCCAGCUUAAAGCCAGACUGAACCGGCUCGGCGUAGAUGUGCGAGGCGGUGGCGCCACCGAAGGCGCUCCAUUGAGCCCUCCACCUGCUGCAAUUCCUCGCUCAGCGGCACGAAGCCCAGCUCCCCAGGAUGGUGCGGACCCAAUCGCGCACGAGAGGGGACGCAAGGGUAUGGCGGACCUGUUCGAGCGGAUAAACCGGGUGGAGCGGGCGAUGAACAGCGCAGAGGCGCAAGGCAGCGCCAUCCAGCAGGCAUUGAAUGAGGACUUUGGGAAACUGGCCGUUGCGGCCGCGGAGGCCGAUGCAGCACGCAGCCCAAAGCCUGACCGGAUAAAGAAGCCCAAGUCGGCCGCCAAGGGUGCACGGCCGUCAGGGCUGCUGCCCGGGCCGAAGGGCCUGAGCGCCGCAGUUCGUAGCGUAGACCACAUGCGCAGCAUCCCCGCCCACACGCCGCUGUCCAGCGUGCUGGCGCAAUUCAAGGAGGCGGAGACGGCAUGGGCGCACGAGAAGGCGCGGCUGCGGCGUGAGGCGAUCGAGGAGCGCAAGCGCGCUAACAAGCUGGAGCUCGACUACAAGCGGCUGCAGCGUGUGAACGAGCACCAGAUGCUGGACGUCAAGGCGCUCAAGACGGCGCUCAAGAGCCGCGACAGCCAGCUGGAGAACGCCUCGGAGCGGAUACGCGAGCUGGACGUGGCGCUGCAGCGGACGCAGGAGGAGUCGGCACUUGCCAUCGCCAGCCUGAACGCCGAGCGGGACGACCUGAAGGGGCUGCUGCUGGCGGCGCUGCAGCGUCUGGAGGCGGUGGACGAGCUGGUGCAGCGGGCGGACAUCAGCUCGGCCAUGAUGGAGGACAAGAUGCGGCUGCUGGAGGAAGAGCGCAGCAAGGCGCUGGACGCCGCCGCGCGGGCGCGCACCGAGGUGGCGGAGCUGGCGGAGAGCCGCCGCAAGCUGCAGUGGCAGUCCAAGCUUCUGGAGAAGAUGUCCGAGGUCCAGCUGAAGCACAACAAGCGCAAGAGCGAGGCCAUCCGGCGGCUGCUGAGUGUGGACCAGGAGGGCGGCGGCCCCUCCGCCGCCGAGCUGGCCGCCGCGGACUCGGAGCUGCUGGACGACGACCUGUGAGCAGCUGGAGGGGCAGCAGCGGCAGGAAGGGAGGAGAGGGAGAACGGUAAAAGUGCAUGGACAGACGGAAACAUGUGUUGGGUGGCGGCAACCCGAGGGGAAGGAGCCGAGUAUGGGAGGCCAUGUAGGGCAGGAGGGCAAUCCUGAUGAAUGCACGCUGCCGAGCUGGUUGACAUGGGCCACGGCUUUGCCCGCACGUACCGAACUGUGCGUGUGCAUCGGUGAUUGUCACACACCUGUGUGCUAGGCCCCGUGUACACGCCCGCUUGCGCAAUCGCUCGCGGUAGGAGUUUCGGAUGCACAGAGGGUUUGUGCUGUACAAUGUGGGACGUACUUGGGGGGUUGGUGAGACUG